AUGCAGCCUCCUGGGAAUGUUCUCAUCGUGGGCUGCGGUGUUUUUGGCCUUUCAACCUGUCUAUCCUUGUCGAAGAGGUACCCGAACUCCAAGAUCACCCUCGUAGACAGAUUUGAGCCACCUGUUCCAGAUGGCACAUCUGUUGAUACAACAAGGGUUAUCCGCGCCGAUUACCAUGAUUCUGUCUAUUCAGAGUUAGCUCUCGAAUCACAAAAACUCAUUCAAAAAGACCCCGAACUGAACCGGUACUACUACCGGAGCGGAAUGAUUUAUGCGCAUGCCGGUUCAGGUCGCUAUGGAUCCGAGAUCUGGGAAAAGGAAUACUCAGCCGCGAAGUUGUUGCAGGAAAAGCGCCUUCAAGCUGGCGAGUUCUUCAACGAAUACAUCAAGUACCUCUCCUCCCAUAACGCGCUUUUCACGCGUGUCAACGGAGAUGGGCAACGCUCCAGUGCUCUUGAGAGAAAUAUGUGGAACGAAGGCUACCUCAACGAAGAUGUCGCUUUUGUCAAUGCCGAAGAAUGCUUGAGAGCUUUUUACAACAAAUGCAAACGACAACCGAACACAACCUUUUGCUUCGCUUCAGUAAGAAGACUGGUCGUGGAAAAUGGAGCUGCCAAAGGAAUUUUGCUCGAAAACGGUAACAAACUAGUUGCCGACCUCGUAAUCCUAGCCACCGGUGCAUGGUCAAAUACGCUGCUUGACUUAAGAUCCCAAAUCACGGCAACCGGACAUGAAGUGGCAUGGCUAAAACUCACUCCGGAGAUGGAAAAAAGAUAUAAAAACAUGCCGAUUACGACGAAUUUUACCACAGGGUUCAAUAUUUUUCCACCACUCAAUGGGGAGCUGAAAUGUCUGAGGCGUAGUCCCGGAUAUAUCAACACCAGGACGGUGAUGGAUCCAGUAUCUGAUAAAACCUACGAGACAUCAUGCCCACCGGAAUUACCAAGUGCUAUCCCCGCAGAUGCGCAGCAGGCACUACGCGCCAAUCUUGCGGAAAUGAUCCCUCCGUUAGCAUCCCAGCCUUUCUCAAAGACCAAACUUUGUUGGUUUACCAACACUCCAACGUCCGAUUUCCUGGUUGAUAGACACCCGGAGAUUGCCAACCUAGUGAUUGUGACCGGCGGUUCAGCACAUGGAUGGAAGUUUCUGAUGGUCCUAGGAGAGAAAGUUACGGAUCUGUUGGAAGGAAAGCUAGCUUCCGAACUUCAGCAGAGAUGGAAGUUCAAGUUUCCUCGAGACAUUGGACAAAAUAUGGAAGGUGCACCUAGAGCUCAAGGGGUCCGCCAGGAACUGAAAUACUGC